GCCAUGGUUUUAUAUAAUGCGGUUUCUCAACAGAAGGCUAUUUUUGUACAGUCAGUACAAGCAUUUGAGAAAGAAGUCUCCAAUUUAAGAAUAAAAUCGGUGAUGUCCUUUAGGGAAAGAGUCUUUAAGGCAGUAUGCAAGGCAAAGAGCCCCUGUGUGUCAAUAAGAUAUUUGCAGCAGCAUCUUAAGGGAUCUUUAUCCCAGAAUAUCAGAAUUGAACUAGAGCAUUUGGAAAGGUUGGGAUUUGGGAAAUUGAAAGCAUUAAAGACAAGGCAAGGGAAAAAAGAUUUUUUCAUGAAGAUCCAUCCAAACUGCAUAGACGAAGAAAUUGGGGAACAUCAGAAGAUGCUGACCACCGCAGCCAUUAGUAUUGAAAAUUAUAGGACCAACUUCAAUGACGACUCAACAAUCGGAGCAGAUGUUAAGGCGUUUCUUAUGCAGAACCAUCCACAAUCGGAGAUGAUUGAAUUUCUAUGGUGAUUGGGAAGAUUGUGAAAUAUUUUUUGUUAUGCAGAAACAUACACAAUCAGAGAUGAAUGAGUUUAUAUGUUGACUGGGAAUAUUGUGAAAUUUUUUUUUUAUAAUUAUAAAAUAUCAUUAUUAGUGGGUGCUAUAUUAAGCUGUAGUCUGUACACAUGUCGACCUGUAGACCUGUUGACCUGUAGAACUGUAGACUUGUUGACCUGUAGACCUGUUGACCUGUAGACUUGUUGACCUGUAGACCUAUAGACCUGUUGACCUGUCGACCUGUAGACUUGUUGACCUGUAGACCUGUUGACUUGUAGACCUGUUUACCUGUAGACUUCAAUUAGAUAUUAC